AUGGCCAAGGAAGGCGUGGAGAAAGCGGAGGAGACGGAGCAAAUGAUCGAGAAAGAGGCAGUCAAGGAGCCGGCGGAGGGCGGCGGCGGCUCUCACCGCCUCGGGGACGCCCAGGAGAUGCGCGCCGUGGUGCUGGCCGGCUUCGGGGGGCUCAACAAGCUGCGGGUCACCAGGAAGGCCAUGCCCGAGCCGCAGGACGGAGAGCUCAAGAUCCGCGUCAAAGCCUGUGGUUUAAACUUCAUUGACUUGAUGGUGCGACAAGGGAAUAUCGACAACCCUCCCAAGACCCCCCUGGUGCCAGGAUUUGAAUGUUCUGGGAUUGUUGAAGCUCUGGGAGACAGCGUUAAAGGAUUCGAGAUCGGGGACCGUGUCAUGGCAUUUGUCAAUUACAAUGCCUGGGCAGAGGUGGUCUGCACACCAGUGGAAUUCGUCUACAAGGUCCCAGAUGACAUGAGCUUCUCCGAGGCCGCUGCAUUCCCUGUGAACUUUGUCACGGCCUACAUGAUGCUCUUUGAAGUUGCCAACCUGCGAGAAGGGAUGUCUGUGCUCGUGCACUCUGCUGGCGGUGGUGUGGGCCAAGCUGUGGCUCAGCUGUGCUCCACUGUCCCCAAUGUGACGGUCUUUGGAACAGCUUCUACUUUCAAGCACGAAGCCAUCAAAGACUCCGUGACUCAUCUCUUUGACAGAAACGCAGACUACGUGCAGGAAGUGAAAAGAAUCUCUGCUGAAGGAGUGGACAUUGUUUUGGAUUGCCUCUGUGGGGACAACACUGGAAAAGGUCUCAGCCUUCUCAAACCACUGGGAACCUACAUUUUAUAUGGUUCAUCCAACAUGGUGACUGGAGAGACCAAGAGCUUCUUUAGCUUUGCAAAAUCAUGGUGGCAGGUUGAGAAGGUGAACCCCAUCAAGCUAUACGAAGAGAACAAAGUCAUUGCUGGGUUUUCCCUUCUAAACCUGCUCUUCAAACAGGGCCGUGCUGGCCUCAUUCGAGGAGUGGUGGACAAACUCAUUGGGCUCUACAACCAGAAAAAAGUCAAGCCCGUGGUGGACUCCCUGUGGGCCCUGGAGGAGGUGAAGGAGGCCAUGCAGCGGAUCCACGACCGAGGGAACAUUGGAAAGUUAAUUCUGGAUGUAGAAAAGACCCCGACUCCGCUGAUGGCCAAUGACAGCACAGAGACCAGCGAGGCGGGCGAAGAGGAGGAGGACCACGAGGGUGACAGUGAGAACAAGGAGAGGACACCCUUCAUCCAGUAA